AUGGCCAAUCUGUGUCUGAAAUACCUCCAACACCAGGAGGUCUCGGCGCACUACAAAAAGAUCGAGAACUGGCCCUUUCUGUCUUAUGCCGUGCAACACUGGGGAGAACAUGUGAGAGAGGCAUGUGCGGGUGGUGAUGGAAUGAUCGAAGUGCGGGCGGGUCAGUUCCUGAAAAACCGGCUGCAUAUAAAGGAGGCAUUAAAGGCCUACGCAUCGCUCUGCUCCCUCGACUCGGCUGAAUGGAUUCACGAAGAUGUGGGUUGUAGCGGGUACGAUAUCAACGCAUCCGAGCCAAGAGGUAAACGGACACCUCUAAGAUAUGCCUGUGUGCAAGGAAACGUUGAGGCCGUCCAGGAGCUGUUGCAACUCAAUGCAGCAGUUGAGGAUGUCACACUGGCAGAUGUCAUCUGCGGACUGCCACUUGCGGGAACCAGCUUUAUAUCGGAAACUCAUAAUCCCAUGGGAAUACUCGAUGCUCUACUAGAAACAGAGAAGCUCAGCAUCAAUGCUAGGCUUGAUGCACGAGCCUCGACGGCACUUAUGCUGGCUAUCGAACUGCUGGACCAUAAAAUCGUCGAAAGAUUAUUGAAGGUAGAUUCCAUCGACAUCAAUGCCCAGGACUCGAGGGGAUGUUGUCAUCCGUCAUUGAUGUCGGGCAUCGCCAAAAAGAUUCUUCUGCUUCUUCUCGAUCACGGCGCGGACCCGAACCUAAGCGAUUAUUCCGGCCGAACUGUUCUGGGGCUUGCCAUAUGGCACAAUCAGGUCGAUAAUGCGAAUGCGCUUCUACAAUAUCAUCGUAUUAUCCUCCAUCCAGGCCUCAUGCACUUGGCAAGCCACAGGGGAAAUCGACAGAUAAUUCCACUUCUGCAUGACGCGAUGUCAGAGAAGUGCCGGGGGUACAGCAUCGAUGCACCGGACAAGAGUGGGCUCGCACCUCUCCACUAUGCAUUCCAGAGUCGGCAUCCGAUGGAGGUGAUGGAAAUAUUGCUCAGCCUAGGUGCAGAUCCCGGCGCCCCUGCGAACAACCAUUUGACCCCCUACGAGCUAGCGAUUGAUCUUGGACGGGACGACGUUGUAGCAACUUUGGCUUGUUCUGGUCGCUGGAGUCUGAUUGAAACCGCUAUUAAAGCUGGCGGGUCUGAUCUCAAUGGCCAGCGCAGAACCGAUGGCUGUACCCUCUUGCACAUCGCAGCCUCAAAAGGGUCGCUCGAAAUUGUGCGAAUGCUUCUUCAAAGCGGCCAGGUGCCUCCUCCUUGCACAACCAAAGAUGGACUCACGCCCCUGCACGUGGCAAAGAGCAAAGGUAUCGCCAGAUUGCUGAUCGAGUACGGCUUUGAUGUUGAUUUCCCAGAUGUCGAUGGCGACACACCUCUUUCUGUAGCCAUUCAAAAAGGGGAUUGGGGCCUUGUAACCUAUCUUAUCGAAGCUGGAGCCCAUAUUUACAAUCUACGGAUUGGGGUACGGCAACAGUUGCUAAAUAACAUCAAGGAAGUGCGUAUCAAGGCCGAGGACGUACUUCGCCCCCGGAAACAUCCCAUUGGGCAAAGCACCCAAUGUAAGCAAAUACCUCCACGACCCGCUCUCAAUGCUCGUCUUGGGCCGAGCAUGAGUAGUACAGUGGAAUGGUCUUUGCUUUUGCGUCGAUAUGGGUGGCUUUUCCUGCUCAGCCUUGCUCUCAUCGCGGUCGAUCCUCGUGGUUUUUAUGACAACUAG